GAGCAGCAGUGCCAGAGCUGUAGGAGAAGGGCCAUGGAGCAGUACUUCUCAGCCACGCAGAAGAUGGAGCAGGAGGUGAUGUUCCCCAGCCUGCUGCGAGGGGUCUUCCCGCAGGAGGAGGGGGCAGCCCCGGCUGCCGAGAGCCGCACGGACCUCUACGAGCGCUACCAGCUCCUCAAGGCCAUCAAGCCCAUGGUGGAGAAAGGCCUGGCCUCUGGGGCUGACCAGAGCCCCAGCGGUGCCGACACCGAUGGUGACACAUCCUUGGACAACAACGGGGCCGAGGAUGCCCAGCUCGAGGAGCGCCUGUCCCAGCACCUGACUGGCCUGCAGCAGGUCCUCACCCACCUCACCAGGGACACCAAUGCCCUGACCCGCAGGUACAGCCAGAUCCUGGAGCAGAUCAACCUCAGCGAGGGGCAGCCCAGCUGGUGACCCUGUCCUGGCCACCAGGACAGGUGCUGGGUGUUGUCAGGAAGCACAAGACGUCCCCGUGGCUGACCACUGCCGGCUCUCCCCAGUCCCGCUGGCAUUCCCCGCUCCGUGGCAGCUGAUGGGAUCUCCUGGCACCGUCUCCGGAGAUGGCUG